GGUGCUGAGCUAAGUCAAGCUAAUGUUGACCGCAGAUUUAGACCCUAGCUAGCUAGCUAGCGCCAUUGUUGUCCCCCUUAUUACUCGAUCGACGGUGGUCUCCGAUUUCAACGAGAGGAGGACGAAGACGACACGCAUCCGUGCGCAAUUGGAUCAGAUUAGGAUUAUUCCCCUGCUCCAGCUGCUAUCUUGCUGCACAUCCUUUUCGGCACUUCGGGUUUGCAGGAUACAGAGAACUCUCUGCGGAUAUGGGCGAUGCGGGUGAAAUUCAUCUUCAGAUUGCAGGUACACGAGGCGAAGAAGAAGCUCAAGGCGUAGCUGGCAAUGGCACGUCCCCGGCGCCAACGUCGGUGUCGGAGCGCGUACAAUGGUGGGCGGUGGUGCUCGUCAACGUCGUGCUCGUGCUCGCCGGGCAGAGCGUGGCGAACCUCCUCGGCAGGAUCUACUACGACCAGGGCGGCGGCAGCUUGUGGAUCGCCACGGUGGUUCAGUCCUGCGGCACGCCGCUCGCCAUCCCGCUGCUCCUCUACUUCCGGCGCCGCCCAAAGGCCACCGCGACCGCGGUGACGCGCCCGCCGCUCCUCAAGAUCUCGGCCAUCUACGCCGGCCUGGGGGUCCUCCUCGCCGGCGACAACCUGAUGUACUCCUACGCGCUGCUCUACCUGCCGCUGUCGACCUACUCGCUCGUCUGCGCGACGCAGCUCUCCUUCAACGCCGUCUUCUCCUACUUCCUCAACAAGCAGAGGUUCACCGCGCUCAUCCUCAACUCCGUCGUGCUGCUCACCUUCUCCGCGGCGCUGGUCGGUGUCAGCCACGGCUCGGACGGGACCAACAGCAGCGUCCCGCCGGGGAAGUUCCCGCUGGGGUUCGCGCUGACGCUGACGGCGUCGGCGCUCUUCUCCCUCAUCCUGUCCCUGAUGCAGCUGACAUUCGACAAGGUGCUCAGGAGCGACACCUUCCACGACGUGAUGGAGAUGCAGUUCUGGAGCAACACCGCCGCGGCCGUGGUGUCGGUGGCUGGGUUGUUCAUCUCCGGGGAGUGGAGCGCCCUGCACGGCGAGAUGGACGGGUACAGGCAGGGCAGGGUGGCCUACGGGAUGACGCUGGCCUGGACGGCCAUAUCGUGGCAGCUGACCACCAUGGGCCUGAUGGGGCUCGUCGCGGCCGUGUCGUCGCUCUUCACCAACGUGAUCAGCACUGUGGGGCUGCCGCUGUCGCCCAUCAUCGCCGUCAUCUUCCUCGGCGACCGGAUGGACGGGGUGAAGGUGCUGGCCAUGCUCGUUGCCGUCUGGGGCUUCUUGUCCUACAUCUACCAGCACUACCUUGAUGAUGCCAAGGUCAAGAAGAUACUAGCUGAGAGAUCAGCCGACGACGAUGACCAACACCGGACUGUAAAACUCGCUACAGAGUGAACAAAAUUCGAGCUGAAACUAGAAGAACAGAGCAUUUUCGGGACAGGAUAGGACUUCCUAUCGCUGCCCACUCUAUGAUGUGACGUGGCAUCUUUUGGUUGGUUAUGAUCGCAGGCUUCACAUCGAAAUUCAGGGGCGUGUGUGUGGGCGAUUAGGGGGGAUUUAUGUAUGUAUGCCGUGCCGCUAAAUGGCCUUGCUUUAGGCUUGCUGUAGCCUUUUCAGCAUGAUACCGUGCUGCUAAAUGGUCUCAUGUAUAAAUGUGUCGCUAUAACUAAUUUGAAGGUCCGCCGCUAGUUAAAA